AUGAUAGCGAUAUGUACUGCGGAGAACGGACAGGUGUUUCAGACCAAGGCGUCUUUGAGAGACAUUGAAAGAACAGGAAGCCUGGAGCAGUUUCUCCAUGACGAAAUAGGCAUCGACCACGACGCAAUCAUUGCGUACAUCUCCAACGGCCAACGACUCACCAAUGGCAACCUCAGAGAACUGGCUGCGACACAGGACCAGACAAUAUUCGUGUUCAACAAGUACUAUCUCGACUAUGACAUCGAAGAUGUACUGCGGGACCUUCACUUUGAGCCCCAGUUCCAGCCACCCAUGGAGGAUUCUCUGUCUGCAACACCGCCGCAACGCCAUAUCCAAUUCGCAGCGUCGUGCAUCCGCAACGCCCACAAGCACCACGAUAUCAUUGUCCAAGCUCAACAGGCCUUGCAUUAUCAGCAUGAAUCAUUGCGGAUAGCUGUAGCUUCCCUCGAUGCCCACGUUCUCGUUAUCUUGGACAGUUUCGAAGGCGUUGCCGCCAAUGCCAAGCGCGAACUCGAAAGACAGGCGACAUUGUUGGCUGGGUUGGAUGCGGAUUUGGAACUCAUCAACAGGGUGAAGCUACACGUGGAGUUCCUAUCUCCCACCGUUCGAAAAUCGAUUGAGAAUGGAGAGUCGAAGCAUCGCACCUUGGGAGAUUAUGUGUCCACUGUAAAGAUGAAGCAAGUGGGGGACGCUUGUGCUCGGACGCAUGAGGAACUGAAAGUCCGAUUCGAGCAAGUCGAUUUGGCCGUGUCCAGAGUCAGAGAAGGCUCCGACAUCAUUCGAGCUGUGCUCAACGAGGUUAAGCUGAUCCAAGACGCCGAUGCGGGUGUUCGCCGCUCCCAGGAAUUGGUGGACAAGAUAAUCGAAGCAGGAGCCAUGGUAGAAAGCCCCGCCACCAAUCUCGAUGCAACAUUGCAAGAGCUGCGCCAGUUGGACCUUUCUCAUCGUCAAGAAGUCCAGUCCAUUGCCGACAUCAAAAACUCCUACAACCGCCAGUCCCUCUCCACCCUCCGUCGAAUAAGCAUUGUCAACAAUGACAUUAUUCAAAUUCCACCCAACCUUGCAGCGCUGCAAGCUAGCUUCCGGAACAAGAACAGCUUCUCCCACAUUCAGCGGCUCCACAACAUGCUCUACGCAUACGGUGCGACGGUCAUUGAAAUUGUCCGUCGGAAGGAGUUCUCGCGUUUCUUCUACCAGAGAGCCCAGAGCAUCCUAGAAGUCAUGGCUAAGCUGACGUCUGGAGAACGCAAACGUCGGCAAGUGUACAGAAGCGAGGUUCUUGGCCAGCUGCCUUUCGAUGCCAAGGGUAUGGAUGAUCCUGUCCCCAGCAUCGACUUUACGCCGACUGGAAGCACCGAGUUCACCUAUAGCCUUGAGCGCCCUGAUGUUGAGGCUUUCCUUCGCAUCCUCGACGACCUGGAGAUUUAUGCUCGCGCCAAACCGGACUCGAUAGCUUUGAGUACCGUCCUGGAGAGCCGUGAAUCAUUACAAAAGCUAGUUGCCAAGAUGGAUAACCUGGAGGUCGGAUUCGACAAAAUUGCUGAGAAGUCUUUGUUAUCUGCCUCGCGGAUAUCCCUAUCUCGCCGACGAUCACUUGAAGCAGAUGAACAAGCCUACCAGCAACUUCUCGAUGAACUGCGGUCCACCGAAGAAGCCAAGGCGCGACAGGCAGCCAUCUUUGACGAAGAGAGGCGAAUCAUGCAGGGCGAGAUCCAACGAUUCAAACGACAACUGGAAGACGUCGAGCACGACAAGCAGCAGGCUUCUGAACGUGAGAAUCAGCUGGAGCGCGAGCUGCGUCAAGCUCGUGGUCAGGCCGAGAGCGAGUCCGCCGCCCGGCGUAUCGUCGAGGAACGGAAUCAGGAAAUGGCGAAGGAGAUUGAAGGGCAACGUGUCGCCCUCUCACGAGCUCUUGCGGAUGCGACCGAGCAGUCGAAGAAUGCCGAAAUGCUCCGGCAGGAGUUGGCCCAGGCUCGAGCCGAGUUCGAAGAGGUCAAGCAACUGGAGACCAGGAACGCAGCUAAAGUUGCGGCAUUGUUGGAGGAGCAAGGGAACACGCUUCGAAAGCUUGAGGAGGCGCGUGCGCGUGGGGAAGAUCUGGAGGCACAGAUCCAGGCGGCCAGGGCGGAGAGCGAUGAAGUGCGGCAGGCAUUGAAGGACACAAGCGAAGAGAAGGAUCGGUUACUUAAGAUGCAGGCAUCUGAACACGACCGGAUCAUUCGGGACCAUAUUGCGGAAGCAGAUGGUGACCGUGCUGUGCUCGAGCGACAGUUCUUCGAGCUGAAAGCCGUACAGGAACACACAGAACGACAAGUGAAGGAUCUCAAGGCCGAGAUCGAGGUGGCCAAUUCGGAUGCUGCUGGGCUGCGAGACGAGCUUCAACGGGUGGAACACGAACUUCGAGACGCCAAACACAUUGAACGACUGUUACGAGAGGACUUAAAGGCUGGUCGAGCGUCGCAAUCCGACUAUGAACGCCGCCUGGAGGAGAUUAACAGACUUGUGGCGCAGAUCUUGGACGUGGCGAUCAGCUUCCGGAAUACUCAAGUCAAGGCUCUCACCGCAGCACAGACCAUGUCUUCCCUACCAACACCUGGAAACAGACAUGGUGUCAAUGGAGCCAAUAUGACCGACUCAGCCAUGGUGUCAUCUGGGAUGCGUCAUCACAGCGUUAUUGCCCAGACAGGGGAGCCCUCACCAAUCGAUCCGUCAGACCCCGCAGCAGCUCUGGAGAUUCUCAGGGAAUUCGACCACGACCACUUCUUGGAGGCCAUCAAUAAGACCGGUUCGACGAUCAAGAAGUGGCAGAAACAGUGCAAAGAGUAUCGGGAACGCGCAAAAGGGAAAAUCUCGUUUAGGAAUUUCUCAAAAGGGGAUCUGGCCCUCUUUCUUCCCACUCGGAACUCUGUAUCGAAACCAUGGGCUGCAUUUAAUGUCUCGUUCCCUCAUUACUUCUUGCAAGCAACUGGCCAUCUCGCAGAGCAGCUGAAGACGAGAGAAUGGAUUGUCGCAAGAAUCACCUCGAUUACAGAGCGGGUCGUUGACCAUCAGGAUGCAUCAAGCAACCCAUACGGUCUUGGAGACGGCGUGAAAUACUACAUGCUGGAGGUCGAGGAUUGGACGCAGCCAAGCCAGAAUAAACGUCGAGUUUCUUCCAGGAAAACGACGACGCUGAUCGAGAGGGACCACAACGAGGUUUCGCCGUCAGCUCUGAAUGCAACCAAAACAAGUCCUCCGGUACCACCGCCCGACCCACUCGUUCCCGAGGUCGAGGACACGUUCCAUCCAACAAAUUCAAGGCCAUUCCCUGUGCGCAGUAGAUCCAAUUCGUCACCUACAGCGCGACCCUCUUCCCUAUCGCGCCUUCUAGCUCAAGCUUCUCCCCUUCAUGAAUCUCCUCCUGGGAUCUCCAACAAACAAGAUGAUCCCGAGCCCCAUUCAGCACCUCUACCCGAGACUUCAACGAGCCCCCUUCCAGAAGAACAAGGCACCCAUCAGACUGAAGAGGACCCACCAGCCCCAAGCCAAAUUGUUUCUCCGCCCCCUCCUUCUCCUUCUCAGUUCACGGAUUCUCUUCCUCGCCAUAUGGCCGCGGGCCACCCAUCGCCGCGUCGACCAGGAUCCCGAGCCUCUCGAUUAUCCUCGACUUCAAAAUUCUCGGUGGGGCGAAAACCAACACUAGGCGUUGUCUCGUCUGGCACCCCGAGCAAGGCAGCUCCUACGGUGGCCCUAGCAGAUCAGCGCAUCCCUGGAUCGCCUUCUUCCAAUGACGGGCCCAAUCCCUUCGGUUCGCCGAUAACACCGUCCCCUGAUGAUUCAAUAUCCGACGCCUUGGCGAAUGCGAUGGAAUCCACUGGGGAGCGAAGACGCACUGUCUCCUACCAUGUCUCCAGGUCCUCUCCCCUAACCACGGGAACUUCACAGAGCACUGCGCAACCGCAACCCAUACGACCCUCGUUGGCAGCGGCCACUGCCACCAGUACAUUGGCCAACCUCGCCAGCAGCCUGGGUGUUUUUGGGAGGAAGCGCAAGAACGACCCUUCUAACCCCCGCACUAACAGUGCUUCUUCUGGUACAGGUUCCGGUGGUGCUUCUGCCGAUACAGGCGGUACUGAAUCCGUCAAUCCAGCGAAUUCUGCCAAUGGUCCUCAAAGACCCACCACGGAGCCUUCCGCUCUCGCGCUGCUUGGUCGAUUUUGA